AUGUCUGUAUCACUCGAACCUUGUGAUCUCCAUCCAACAAAAAAUCCCAUUAUAAAUAGAUUACAUCAUCCUCCACCUACGAAUCAGUUAUUCUUGACAGAUAUUAACAUUGUUCCAGAAUAA